CGCAGCCGGCCGAGAGUCCCACCAGCGGUACCGGAGCCUGCGGUUGCGCCCGAGGCGCUGCCCCCGCUGCCACCCUCACGAUGGGCCCGGGUCCCCGGCUGCUGCUACCUCUGGUGCUUUGCGUGGGGCUCAGCGCUCUCGUACCUCCUGCGGGAGCGUCAGGCGUCCGCAAGCGAGGCCCCUCGGUGACGGCCAAGGUCUUCUUUGAUGUGAGGAUUGGAGAUAAAGAUGUUGGCAGAAUUGUGAUUGGUCUCUUUGGAAAAGUUGUGCCCAAGACUGUGGAAAAUUUUAUCGCUCUGGCAACAGGAGAGAAAAUCGCUAUUCUUCAAGCCCUCAGUUUCCUCAGGGUUCUAGAAACUGACAGGAAACAGUCAUCAAGUGAAAAUGCAGACUUCUCUCUUUUUACUUGUGCAGGUAUAAGCAUUUAUGGCGAGACAUUUCCAGAUGAGAACUUCAAACUGAAGCAUUAUGGCAUUGGGUGGGUCAGCAUGGCCAAUGCUGGGCCUGACACCAAUGGCUCUCAGUUCUUUAUCACCUUGACCAAGCCCACCUGGUUGGAUGGCAAACAUGUGGUAUUUGGAAAAGUCAUUGAUGGAAUGACGGUGGUCCACUCCAUAGAACUGCAGGCAACUGAUGGGCAUGACCGUCCACUCACCAACUGCUCCAUCAUCAACAGUGGCAAGAUAGAUGUGAAAACGCCCUUUGUGGUAGAGGUCGCUGACUGGUGAUACAAUUGGCAGAAAACAAAGAAAAACACGCUCUGCCAGGGGUGUGUGUGUGUGUGUGUGUGUCUGUGUGUUGAUUCUUAAAAGUUACUGUUUUGCUUUGUUUUUUAACUUUAUUCUGUUUUCUACCCCGGAUCACAGGAAGGUUAUAGAAAGCAACCACUCAAAGUUUAGUUAGCAUGAAUUUUGGUAAAUCACUUGUUUAGGGACUUUGCACUUAAAAGACAUAUCCCUUUCCUCCAAUGGUGCUGUUUUUAAACUAGAAAACUUUGUAUUGGCUAUUUUCUUUUGAAGAACACAAUCACUUCUUUGCUGGAUUAAUUGUGACCCCCAAAUUCAGUGAUGCUGAAGAUUUGUCUGAAAAAAGAUGGGAACAAGAAGUUUAUUACUUUGUAUUCAAACAGAAAUUCUUUUCAGGUAAAGGGAGAUUUGAUUAGUAUUAUCUGAUAUAUGUCACAGGGACUUUUACCUGAUGAAAGGUGCUUUGGUAUUCUCUAUAUUAAAUACUUUUUAUGUAGAUCAAUUAUUUUUGCAAGACUUUCUUUUAACCUGAAGUGCUUUAAAACAAAAAGUAAUGUACAAAAUAUAUGCAUUUUAAUGUUAAUAAUGAAAGAUUAGCGAAGGUUCUAUAAGUCAAAAUAUUAGCACAGCUGGAUAAUUUGGGAUGGGAAUGCACAGAAAUGAUGCCCACCCAUAUCCCAAAUACUUGAGCUGAUUAUUCACUAAUUUUUACUUGGUGUAACAUGUUUAGAAAUUUCCCUUGAGUCCAGUUGCAACACAAAGGAGUCUUUCUUCACUUACAUAGUGGGGAUGAAGAUUCGGGCUGUACUUAAACUAGAUGGGAAAGUAAAAUCUUAUUGGUGGGGCCUUGUUGUAACAUACCUGGCUGUACCAGAAUGUGCCUGAUCUCUGUUCAAGUGGGAGUGGUAGUUGUUAAACGGCCCCAUUGCUUCUCCCCAAAAUUACAUCCCUUGAGCUGUAUUCUAAGAAAACCGCUUCAAUGAGAGAUGAGGUGAAAUGAGCAUUCUUACUGCUGAUAGGGGUGUUAAUUGCUACAAUCCUCCUGAAGAGCAUUUUGUUAUUUUUUUUCCAAAAAACUUCAUUAAAGGCCUUUGAUAUGCCAGGUACCAUUUUUUGAGUUUGGGGAAUACAGCAGUGGACAGCGAGAAAAAGGCAUCAUGGAACUUACAUUCUAGUGAUGAAGACAGAAUAAAUGAGGUAACAAAUAAAAGGGUGUUGACACUGUAAAGAAAACACACCAGGUUUGCUGGAAAGGCCCAGGUGCGGGUGAGGGAGAGGGGUGCUGUUUGGGUGGUCUCAUGGGGGGACAUUUGAGCUGAGCUCUGAGGAGAGAGAAGAGGCGGCUGUCAGGCCAGAUCUGUGAUCCAGGCCUUCCAGGCAGAGAAGGGAGAGAUAACACGAGGGUCCUGAGGUGGAAUGUGUGGAUUCCAGGGCAGAACAGAAAGCUAGUGUGCUGCAGCCUGAGAGGUCAGAGAGUAAGGCUGAUAAUGGAGCAUUUGGGGCCUGGGGUGCCAGGGCAGAGCUCUUCUUUUAUUCCCAGUACAGUGGGGAGCUAUCGGGUUUAAGUUGUGGGGGGGGCAUGAUAUGAUCUGCAUUUAAGACUAUUUUGUCUACUACGAGGAGGAGUUUUAUAGGGGGUUGAAGUACAUACCAGGAAACUCAAAACAUUCGUAUCCUUUGGAAUCCCACUCCUGGGACUUUGCUGUAGACGAUGAUCUGAACUUGAAAGCGUGACAAUGCUGUGGACGGUCUGGCAACCAGUCCCCCUUGGUCCGGAGAUGGCCACCUGUUUUCUUUGAGGAAUCACACCAUCCUUUCAGACACCUCUUAUCCUUAGGGUGGACUGACCCUACAGAUGGGUACAUGCCUGGCCUGGCAAACUCAUUCAUUAACUCACUUGAUAAAUACUAGAUGCUGGAGAGAGCUGCAAACGGAACUGCCAGCCCUCGUGGUUCCCAUGGAAGGAGACAAAUAAUUCGUACAUAUACCACGCGAAUAUAUAAUAGAACAUCAGGUAGUCAUAAGUCCACAAAGAGAAACAGGGAGAGAGACUAGAGAGUGAAGAGGGGAUCAGGGCAGUCCCUGAGUAGGGCCUGAAGGAAGUGAGAGGGCAGCAAACCAUGGGGACAUUGGGGGAAGUGUGAGCAAGGCAGAGGGGACAAGAGUAGUGGCCCCGGAUGAAGGACAGACUGGUGGGCUCAAGAAACAGCAAAGGGUCCAGGUGUGCACAGUGAGGGCAGU